CCGUUUAUCAAUACCGUGUAAUUUCUUAAGGGGUUUGUGGGGUUGUUCUAAAAUAUUAAUUGAAUUGUUAAAUUAAACAACUUUACUCCUUGGGAAAAUAAAAUGUUCAUUGUUGCAAUAACGGGUGGAAUUGCAUCUGGCAAAAGCACUGUCAGCCAUGUGUUUGAAAGUAAUGGAAUUCCUGUAAUAGAUGCUGAUAAGAUCGCAAGGCAAAUUGUAGAACCUGGCACACCUUGUUGGCAUAAAAUUAGGGAAGAGUUCGGAGAUGAAGUCUUGUUGCCCACAAAGGAAAUUAAUCGAGUGGCACUUGGAAAAGCCAUAUUUAACGAUAAGGAAUUACGAGGAAAACUGAACAAAAUAACACAUCCUGUUAUACACCGUACAAUUUUUAAAGAAGUAUUUAAAAACUUUAUGAGUGGUAAAGCUUGGAUUGUUUUGGAUUUACCUCUAUUGUUUGAAACUGGAAUUUUAAUGGAUUUCAUUCACAAAAUAAUAUGUGUAACUUGCGAUUCCGACAAACAGCUUCAGCGGCUAAUUGAGCGUAAUGAAUUGUCAGAGGAUGAUGCCAAGAAACGCAUUGAGUCGCAGAUGCCAUUGGAACAAAAGUGUGAAAAGUCCCAUUUUGUUAUAGAUAAUAACGGUUCCAAAGAGGAUACCGAAGCAGCUGCUUUACGCAUAUGCAAUAUGAUGAAGGAAAGUAAGCAACAUUGGCGCAACCGAUUAAGCCUCUUGGGAUUUAUAUGUGCAAUACUCUUUGUUUUAUAUUAUCUGAAUAAGAUUUUUAAUGUAUUCCCCAGCUUAGGUGGUGCUUCAAGAAGUUAAAGAAACUAGUUAAAUGUUGUUUAAAAAAAAUCAUUGCUUAAGAAACUUGCUAUGGUAUUAUAAAGUAGACUAUUCCUUGAUUAAUAAAUUAUAUUUUCUAUCAAUCGCUAUAUGCCAUUGCUAUAAAUAAUGAUCCAUA